CCGUUAACCGUGCAACCCCCGGGUUCCCAAUCUGCGGUUGCACUGGGUAACGUUGCUUCGCCCGGUUAAAAGGAGGAGGAGGCGAUUGUUUUAUUGCGCUGAAUAUUUAACGGGAUCCGCAAAGCGCUGGAGGAACAAAGGUGUCAAGAGAAGAAGACGGCGACGUCUACAAGUGCAGUCACUCAGCGCAUCGACUCAUGUCUAAAACUGGAAUUCUCGGCACACCACGGAAAUUUUCUCAUUUUGCAGUAACCAUGAAGUCUAUAGAUGAACCUCCUUACCUGUCAGUUGGCACAGAUGUGAGUGCCAAGUAUAGAGGUGCGUUCUGUGAAGCCAAGAUCAAAUCAACAAAAAGACUGAUUAAAGUGAAGGCAACAUGUAGGCAAGAUUCAACAACUUUGGAAGUACAAGAUGAACACAUUAAGGGUCCUCUAAAGGUUGGAGCUGUUGUGGAGAUAAAAUGUCCAGAUGGGUCUUACCAAGAAGCUGUUAUUAAUAAAUUAACUGACGCAAGUUGGUACACAGUCGUUUUUGAUGAUGGAGAUGAAAAGACUUUAAGAAGAUCAUCACUUUGCUUAAAAGGAGAAAGACAUUUUGCAGAAAGUGAAGCAUUCUUCUGUACAUAUGAAAAGACACUAGAUCAGUUACCACUGACCAACCCAGAACAUUUCGGAACUCCAGUUAUUGGGAAAAAAACAAACAGAGGACGACGAUCAAAUCAUGUGCCUGAAGAAGAGUCCUCCUCUUCCUCUAGUGAUGAAGAAGAAGAUGAAAAUAAAAGCUGUGAUGAAUUACUGGGAAAAGUAGUUUGUGUUGAUGCUUGUGGUGUUGACAAAAAGAAGGGAACAUGGUUUCCUGCAUUGGUUGUUUCUCCAGACUGUAGUGAUGAUAUAGCAGUUAAGAAAGACUUCAUUCUUAUACGUUCGUUUAAAGAUGGAAAAUUUACUUCAGUGCCAAGAAAGGAUGUCCAUGACAUUAGUGACAUUUCGACCAAGAAUGAUAACGUAUUAAAGCAAGCACUAGAUCAAGCUCUGGAAUUCAGUCGAACCAAAAUAAUUCCAAGUAACUGGAAAAUGGAAUUAAAGGAAGAGAGUUCAAGCAGUGAAGCGGAAGAUGAAGAGGAGGAGAAUAAAGACGAUGAAGAAGAUAGUAACAGUGAAGAUGAGGAAGAAAUAGAGCCAAAUCCUGGAGAAAAUGAAAACUUUUUGCAACAGCUUUACAAGUUUAUGGAAGACAGAGGGACGCCAAUCAACAAGCGACCGGUUCUUGGCUAUAGAAAUUUGAAUCUUUUUAAACUGUUCCGUCUAGUACAUAAACUUGGAGGAUUUAGUAAUAUUGAAAGUGGAGCAGUGUGGAAACAAGUUUACAAAGAUCUUGGCAUUCCUGUUUUAAAUUCGGCAGCUGGAUACAAUGUCAAAUGUGCUUACAAAAAGUAUUUGUAUGGCUUUGAAGAAUACUGUACUUCUGCUUCAAUAUCAUUUCAUAUGGAAUUGCCUGUUAAGGUUCCAAAAAAAAUAUGUAAAGAGGAUGAUCAAGAAAAUAAAGUACUUAUAAAACAGGAGUCAGAAUCACAGGGCAAAAAUGUCACAGACGAGUUUGUUUUUAACAAGGAACCCAAUGAUGAAGAAUUAAAGUUAAAUGAAACGCAACAAUCCACGGUUAAAGAGAUAACGAAUGCUGAGAGCUGCAAUGCGUUUGAAGAAAAAGAAACGGAAGAAAAGGCUGUAGAUAAUAAGCAGGAGACAAUGUUUGCAAUUGAAAUCCCUCCACAGAUAAAAGAGGAAGACACUGCUGAUGACGGUUUGGAAAAAUCAGUUGACGAGUUUAUAAAGGAUGAAGAGCGAGAAGAGUUCCAGGAAGCUAUGAAUGAAGACAAUGAAGAAGUGGAUGGGUUAGAAAGAUUCCCACCAGGUGGAAAAGUCCGGUAUGAUGAGUGGAUAAAAACAGAUCAAAUUGCGAGACCAGCAGAUAAAAGUGUACCAAAAAUAAAGCACAGAAAGAAAAUCAAGACGAAAAUGGACCCUGACAAAACCAAGUUAGAAAAUGAUGAAAACAAUCCCAAACCGUGCAGGUUGUUCUCAAGACCUUUAUUUCAGCCAUGCGGUCUGGAAAGUGAAUCUACGCUUGAGGAAAAUGAAAUUAAAAUCCCUUUACAAGGUCCACCGAAAUCCUUAGAAAUCACUUCUAUCUUAAAUGGUCUUCAAGCGGCGGAAAGUUCGGAAGAUGAAAGUGAAAUUGAUCAACAUUAUAAUAACAUAGACAAUGAAGAUAAUGAAUUUGAUAUGAGCCAUGCUAUUAAUGAAUUAAUUGCAAGGCAAGAGGAAAAAGAAGAACUGGGCAUGGAUGAAAAUCAUGUUAUAGUAAAUGUUCUUAAAACAGAUCUUGCACCUAGGUCCCCUGUUGUACUGAAAGAGGUGGCUGAAUCUUCAGAUGAGCAAGAAUCUGAGUUGGAGUCCACAAGACCAAAAAAGGAUUUUAAAAAAGACCUUUUAGAUAAACCAGUUAAGGUAAAACGUGGCAAAAGAAAAUUUACAGAUUGUGGGAAAAAUGUAUCUCCCAGUAGGAAGGAUGAACAUACUAAGUGCAAAGAUUCAGCCCUUCGAUUGGAUACUGGUAUAAGUUCAUCAGAUGAGGAAGAAAAAUGUAAACCAAAAAAUGCACUAACAAGAAAAUAUAAUGGGUUUGAAGACAAACGAAAAUCUUUAAGAAUGUCUGGUUUUUAUACAAGCUUCACAGAAGGAACUGAAAAAAGGGCUAAGCUUUUGAAUCAUUCAGAAGAGCGACUCAGAACGAAAGAUCGAAAAGAUGUUUGGUCUAGUAUUCAGGGUCAGUGGCCUAAAAAGACUUUAAAAGAACUAUUUUCUGAUUCUGAUACAGAGGGAGCCGCAUCACCACCACCUAUAAAACUAGAAGACUCUCCAUGUGAUGUAUCUGUUCAACCCAUUAAAGAAGAAAUUCAGAUACUUCCAUCCGAAUCUCUUAAACCAGUAGCUGAUAUAGAACUUAAGUCUGUUGAAGAGAAAACUAUAGAAACAGGUGAAAAAAAGAUGGACUUUCCAAGUAGUGGCAGUAAUUCAGUGCUAAAUACUCCACCCACAACACCAGAAUCCCCCCCAUGUUUAAGUGAAUGCAGAAGACCGCAAACUACAGUUGAUUGUUUGGAAACUUUAGAACAAAAUCACGAGGAGAGUAUGAAAAGUGAAACAGACAGCACAAUAGAAGUAGACAGUGUUGCCGGUGAACUCCAUGACCUUCAAUUUGAAGGAAACCUUUCACCAACAGGGUUUGAUGCUAGUAUCAGCUCAAGUAGUAGUAAUCAACCAGAAGCAGAGAGCAAAGAAAAAGGUCAAAAAAGGCUUACAGAUGAUCAAGGUGGAAGCGUUGGGAAUGGUUCUACAAAAAAGCUAAAGAGAAGCCACAAGUCUUCAGUAAUGCAGAAGAAAAGUAAAAUGACCAACACCAGUGACAGUGAAGAACUUUCAGGUGGUGAAAGCCUUCUUAAAAUGCAGACUACAAAGUGUGUCUCCGGACUUAAGUCUCAGCAUACCAAAGUCGCAGCAAGAACGCACUCUCCGGGAAAAUAUGUUAAGAACAGAGAUAGAGAAUCUUUUCAGAAAGAAUAUAUUGAUCGUUUACCUAAAGUUUACAAAUGGAGUUUUCAGAUGUCUGACCUUGAAAAUAUGACAAGCAUGGAACGCAUUGCAUUUCUUCAGGAAAAACUUCAGGAACUCCGGAAACAUUACCUUUCAUUAAAAUCUGAGGUGGCUUCCAUUGACAGGCGAAGGAAGCGUUUUAAGAAGAAGGAGAGAGAAAGUGCAGUUGUAUUAUCCACAUCUUCGUCUCCGUCCUCCAGCUCAAUUACUGCAGCGGUUAUGUUAACCUUAGCUGAUCCAUCCUUAGCAAAUUCAUCACAAAAUGCAAUGCCAGUUGAGUGCAGGUGACAGGGGGACUGCUAUACGCACUUUGCACUUACAAGCUAUUGACGCCAUGGAUUUAUUUUUUUAUACUGCACAGCAGCACAAAAAAACAGGCAAGCACUAUUUUCUAUUGCAUUCUUGAUGUGCUGUCAUUGCACUUAAGUGCACUUUCUAUGAAGCUAAAGUACAAUAAACUGCUUUUCUUCAAGCAAUAA